GUUUCUUAGACUUCCAGUUGCACAUAUUUUAUCGCCUAUGAAAGGUCUUUAUGAUUGCCAAUCGGAUUUUUUUUUCGAUAAUUUUUUGAAAGCAUUUACUUUUGAAUACAUCAUAAGGAUCGAAUGGACAAGAAAAUUUGUACUGUUUUAUUUCUUAUCUUUGCUGGAGUAGCAGAAAUCGUCACAUCAGGCUGCUUGGAGGAUGAUGUACUGGAACGAUUUUUAUACACAAAAAAGGGAAAAUAUUCGAAAACAAAUGACGAAAAUUAUCUAGAAUUUUUAGUGAUUGGAAAAAGUGUUUCUUGGCAUGAAGCUCAAGCAUAUUGUCCCUCCUAUGAAAUAAAAAAAGCAUCAAGAUUGACUUCCCAAAAUGUGGUACCAGAGGCAAGAAUAGCCUUUGAUUUUUCAGCAGAAGAUAAAAAGAAAGUUUCCCAUACUGGCAGUAAAUUAGCCGUUGUUGAUGAUAUGGAAAUUAAAAACUGGCUCGCUGGGAUGCUAUCCGAAUCAAAUUAUCUAUACGAUGGUUUGUGGAUUGGUGGUUACAAAAAAAAAUCAGCUGCAAACUGGACAUGGAUUGGAGAAAAAAGUGAUGAAGAUUCCAUUAUUCCUCAAUCUGUACUAAAUCAGAAUUAUCCAUCGUGGUUGGGUAAUGUGAAUCAAGAGCCUUCAGAACAAAAUUGUUUAUUAUUCAAUAGGUUAGGACAUGACAUGCCGGUUUUUCUACCGGAAAAUUGUUACCUUAGAAGGCCCUUCAUUUGUGUUCGAGUAGGCAGAAAGAAAGAGGAAAACUUGGUAGAGCAAGUUGGUAAUACAACUGUAGAUGGAUAUCAAUAUACUCUUUACGGAACAGUCAACAAACAAAAUCCGAAUAAUUUUAACCAAUUGGGAAUCAGAAAAUUGAAUGGCGGGGGUAUCAAGUGGAAAACUGCUCGAUUAGAAUGUCGAAUUAGAGGACAGCAACUGGCCACGGUUUUGACAAACGAAGCUGCUUCAGCGAUUGCAGAAGUUAUGUUGAAAAGCAGACCAUCAAUGGAAAGUGCAUGGCUGGGUGGUUGGAGCUUGGAUGGUUCAGAAUGGACUUGGAUUACCUCAGGAACUUCUCUUUCCUCCAAAAAAUCAAGUGCUACUUCUUAUCCUCCAUGGCUUGAAAGUCGACCUAUUAUUUAUGAAAAUAAAUUCGGUGAUGAAGGUCUUGGAAGGGAAAGUAGGUGUCUUGUUCUGGACAGACAUGUUUGUCCAGGACACAUUCGCCCUGUUUUUUUAGACUUGGACUGUGACAAAGAUAGACCUUUCAUUUGUCAAAAUGAUAUUGCAGAGCCACGAGCGAAUUUUGAAGACCAAGAUAGAGACAUUAUGCUGAACGAUAAAACAUUGCAAUUCUCAGCUAAAAAAAUGAAUUGGAAUGAAGGUGAUAAGCAUUGUAAAAAUAAGAAUGGACACAUUGGUAGCAUUUAUGAUUCCAAGACUCUUUCCAUCGUUCUUAGUAAAAUGACAGAAUUGUCUUUGGAUCACUUAUGGAUAGGAGGUCACACGAAAAAAUUUGGAAAUGAAUGGAAGUGGGUUGAUGAGAAGGACAAAGUUCUUUCCCGAAAAGGGGUAGGAAUUACCAGUUCCUGGUGUCUUCAAAGUGAUAAAAGUGGUUCUCUUCUGAAAGCGGAUCCAGAAACUUGUUUAAAUUUGGAUAGAGAAGGCCACGGUCUGCCACUUUUUUACGGUUUGCCGUGUGAUUUAGUUCAACAACAUGUUCUCUGUCACAUUAGAAAUUUUGCAAAAAAUUCCUCGAUAGAGAGUGAAAAUAUUGAUUCAGCUUUGAAUAAUGAUAAUGUUAAUCAUCUUGAAAAUAAUAAUGAGGAAAUCGCUCCAAGGUUUUUCAUGCUUGAGACGAAAGACAAGACAAUCAAAAGUGAUUUAAGCUCCCAGUUAGAAGUAAACAAAGGCAAUCAGGAAGAAAAUAACAUUAGUACAACAAUUAUUUAUGAUAAUGGAGAUAUGAACGUUACUGAAAAAUAUUUUAGUUCUCAGAAAAUAAUAGGAGAAACUACAAAUAAUAGUGAAACUUCUACAUUGGAUUCUUUAAUCGAACCCCUUUGAAUCUUCGAUAUUAUAAACAAGUUCACAUAAUUAAUGUAAUGAAUGAUCAUUAAUCAUUAGUGA